AUGUCUCUCUUUACCUCCUUCGUUGUUGCACGUGUUUUGUCCUCUCCCUCCGCCGUGAAAAAGAACCCCCUGAAACGCAAACGCGACGAUGAGAUCACUCAAGAGAAAGCCGCACCUAUGGUUGUGCCUAAAGAAGACGACGAACAUGAACAUACCGAGCCACAUCCACCGUCUUGGGAGGUGCUAUGCGUUCUUGGUCCUUACAUGGAGCCUGAGACUCUCGCCAUCGCCUCUUGCGUCUCAACCACGUGGUUAGAUUGUUUCUCCUCUGACAAUCUAUGGAAGGCUCUCUUAACCUCAAGGUCUUCACAGCGCUCCUCUCCCUAUGAGGUCGUAUUACAAAACACUGAAACUAUCUCGUACAAACACCUUGUCUCCGCCGUUGAAACGGACGCUAAACGCCGCCGAAAAGAUCAAGUGGCGGAAGCCGUCAAGAUACUACUCUCUGAUCUCAGCUUCAUCGUCCACGUUUCCACUAAAACAAAGAAAGCAUCGGUUUACAAAAUGGGUAAAGAUCUCGUGUUUGGUCCUAAUGACAAGUUCCAAAUCGAAGUCGACGUAAGCAACGCAGCUAUCACUGCCGGUGAAGAAGACGUGAGGAUGACGUGGCAAGUCAUGUACAAAGGAAAGUUCUUCACGCUAGCGGAUACUUCAAGAACGUCGUUGGACACAAAGUAUGGGUGGUUCACCGAGAAACUUGAAGACAAGUGUAACCGCAAGCUAGUAGGUGACGUCAAGCCGAGAUUUAACCAGGAUGUUCUUGAGAAGAUUGGGUUUACGAUAGUAGACUCAGACGGCUGGGGAUCUCUGUUACUUGGCGGGUUUUUAAGAUAUCUUCAACGAUUUUUCUUGGAAUGA